CUCACAAAAAAAAAAAAAAAAAGGAAGUUUGAUGGUAGCUAAGCUAGCUCCACGUCAUCUACGAUGAGUGUUGUAUGAUCCAUUGUGAAUGAUCCCACACCAUACUUCUACUCAGUAUAAAUCUUUGUUAGCUAUGAGAUCUAGUUUCGGUCACUAAUGUAUAAAAUUUUGUGAUGACUAAAUUUUACGUCAAAAACUUAUCCUGACGGAGUUAAACCUUUAAGUAAUCAUAAUAAUUUGUCAAUCAAAGAUUUCUCACUAAAUCAAAAUUAAGAAUUACCCCGAUUAGGAAAAGGAAAAGCUCUCUCUCGUCGCAAUGUUGGUGGGAUUCCUCAGGUUCUGAGUUUUCUAUUUCGGUUUCAGUUAGGGUUAAUGACGGAGAAUCUCGACUUGAGAUUCUGGUUGGUUCCCUAUGGUUUCAAGGUUAACGAUUUUUCCGAUUUCGGUUUAAUGGUGGUGGAUCUGAGUUUUCCCUUGUUAGGGAUUUCGGAUUUUCAUUGGGAUUUCUUUUGUGAUUCGUUGGGAGGGAGAUUGGGGACUGGAGACUUUGCAAGAGGAUCUCUGGAUUGGGUUUUCUCCGGCGUUGAUUGCGGACUGGCUCUGUUGGAUUUGCUCCGAUUGGAAUGGAGGACUUCAGCUAUGAUUACGGGGCUUUGGGUUAUGGUUAUGGGGGAUCUGCAGGAUUUCACAAUUCCCUUAUUUGGCUUCGAUUGGGGCUCGAUUUCCGCGGGAUAACCCCUUCGCUUCCUUUGGUGGUUGUGGCAUUUAGUGACACUAGGGUUGGGAUCUUCGGAUCUGGAUAUAAAAGGGAGCCCAGGUGUCUUCUGAGAAUUUGUCAGGGGCUGGUGGUAAGCUCAAGAUUAAGGUCCCACGGUUUGAUAACUCUGCGUUAAUUGAAGGUUAUGCUAAGACCCUCAUUGGUCGCUGCAUGAACCCUACGAUGCAGGACAUGAAGGCAUUGUUGUUCAUGCUGCCAAAAAUUUGGAAGAUCAAGGAGAGGGUGGUGGGUGCUGAUUUGGGCUUAUGACGUUUUCAGUUUGAUUUUGAUCAAGAAGAGGAUAUCCAGGAGGUCUUGAAAAUGGAGCCUUACCAUUUUGAUGGAUGCUUUCUCUGGUUAGGUGGGAGCCAGUGGGGGAUCCAAGGUACCCUUGCAUCAUUAAGUUCUGGGUUCGAGUCAUGGGAGUCCCGCUACAUUUUUGGGCUGAUGAGACUUUUCGUAGCAUCGGUUCUGACUUGGGGAAGGUUGAGGAGGUUGAUCUUGAUAAUGGUUGGGUUCAGGUUUUGUUUGAUGGUUUUAAACCUUUAGUGUUUGAAGCAUCGGUGGAGUUUCACAGUGGGGAGGAAACAUCUGUGUCUUUGCGGUAUGAGCGGCUGUAUGGGUAUUGUAGGAGGUGCUCUAGCUUGUGCCAUGACGUCUCACGCUGUCCUUUGUUUGGCAAUAAUAGAAAACAACCAAUGGGUGGUGGGUCGGAUCCUCGACCUGAGGAUAAGCUUCAGAGCUAUAAGGGAGCAGCGGCUAAUGGUGUAAAUCCUGGAGAUGGCUCCGGUUUGCGUGGGGACAGGUCAGGGGUUCCUCAUCAGGGCUCUGGUGCAGGAAAUGGACGCGGUGCAGGUGGCUCUCAGGCCGUCAACCAUCGACACAAACAGGGUUUUGGGUAUAAGUCAAAAAAGGGACGUAGGGAUUCCCACCCUAAGGAGCAGUUAGUACAGCAGGUCUCCUCUCCGGCAGAUGUUGGUACUAGUCUCCAGGUUGCGGGAUCGGGAGUUGGUCCCAAUAAGGAACAUGGUGGGGAAGUGGGAAUUCACCUCUCUGACACGGAACAAACAAUGCUUGAUGCUUUUUUGGGUUCUACUACGGAGGAGAGUGUGGCUCCGGUUGCUCAGCCUAAGGUUCCGGUUGCUCCGCCUCUGGUUGCAGAGUCUAGUUCCUUGCCAAGUGAGGCCAAACGGGUGUGUAAGAACCUGUUUCCCGGAUCUGAAGCCCCGAAUGUAACAGCUCCUGGUUCCAUGGAGUUGGUCCAGCAGGAGGUUCUUUUCUCAGAUGCACUGAGUGAGUUGUUAGACCAGGAUUAUCCUCUUCCUGAUAAUCGAACCUUAGGGUUUAUGGCCCCUAUUUUGGAGGAGCCAGGGAUCGAUUCAGAGAUGUCCUCUGAGGUGGAUUCUUUCUUAGCAGAGGAGGAGGUGACUUUUGUGAACAAGGAGAGUUCUGACGGCGAUUCUCCUGGUCAAGACUUCCAAGGGGAGGCAGGUGCUGUUGUUGCAGAGGGUGACACAUAGGUUAUUGCGCAGGGUUUAGCAGCCUAGGUUAAGGUUCCGCCACCUCGGUCUAAACUGGUUAAGAGUAAUGGGGUUCUACCAGGGACUAGCACAAAGAAGCGGAACUUGUACACCUUAUCUUCGCUGCGGAAGAAGGUUGGUAACAAUGGAAUGGGUCUGCAGGGGAAAGCAGGUCCUAACCAAGGAGGGAAACCUCCAAGUAACUCGGCUAGUUGAUGUUAGUUGUCUGUACGAGCUGGCAAGGGGGUGUGGUCUCGUUUCAACCCACUCGAUUCUGGUUUUUAGUUUGCAAACAGGCUUUGUUCUGGCCUCCUUUGGUUUUUCUGUUUAUUUUUCAUUCUCAUGUCUGGAAUAAAUUUACAGUGGGUGCUCCGUUGUUUCGUUUUUGUUUGUUGAUGUUGAUCCCCUUAUUUGGGUGCUUUUGUAUUGGUUCAACUAGUUGUGGUUGUACCAUAAUUAUCAGGAAAUUAAUAAAACCUUGCUGGCUUUUUUCUUA